UACCUCUACCCCAUCUCUCCCUUUUUAUACUAUUCGCUUCUCUUCCUCCAUUUUCUUGUUCCCAUGAAAUCUCUCUCUUAUCUUCCAUAAAUAUCAACAGCUUCUAUAUAUAUAAAUUACAAAACUUAGGACCAAAAGAGACAAAAAGAAAAAGUACUUCAAUUCGAUAUAGCCAUGGAUGGAAGAUUCAAUAACAUUUUUUUAUCUCAUGAGCAAGAAGAUUCCGAGAAUUCGCCGGAAAACAGCCUCGAUUCGCCGCGUUCCGACAUGUUCAACGAUAACAAGAUGAUGACUUCUACUUCCUCCCCUAAAAGAAGAAGAUCCAUACAAAAGAGAGUGGUAUCAGUGCCAAUUAAAGAAGUUGAAGGAUCAAAGAUGAAGGGUGAAAUAAGCAUGCCGCCAUCUGAUUCUUGGGCAUGGAGGAAAUAUGGACAAAAACCCAUCAAAGGCUCUCCCUAUCCUAGGGGAUAUUAUAGAUGCAGUAGUUCAAAGGGAUGUCCAGCAAGAAAACAAGUUGAAAGGAGCCGUGCAGACCCUAACAUGUUAGUUGUGACGUAUUCUUGUGAACAUAACCACCCUUGGCCGGCUUCUAGGAAUAAUCAACACAAUCAACGUACAACUACCACUACAUCAUGUACCAAUAAUGCAAAGACGAAGACGAAAACAUUAGCAUCACUAACAGCAGCAGCAACAACAAUAAUAACAACUACCAAUAUUGUAGUUUCAGACAUUGAGCGCGAAAAAGACACGAGCAAUUUCGCAAGUCAAUCGGAGCCCAAUUCGGAUGAAAAAUUUACCAAUCUCGGUGAAUCUUCACUAAUUAGUUGCAACGAAUUUGGAUGGUUUUCGGAUUUUGAGUGUUCUUCUACUACCAUGCUAGAAAGUCCUAUUUUAACCGAAGUCGACGUUACUGAUAUUGACAUGUCAUCAACUUUAACAACAUUGAGAGAAGAAGAUGAUUCACUUUUCGCCGAUCUCGGAGAGUUGCCGGAAUGUUCAAGGGUGUUUGGCCGUGGAAUGAUGGAAAGGGACGAGGAACGCCGGCGACAUAGCUUGAGCUUGACACCUUGGUGUGGGACCACGGGCUGAGAUCGUUCGACACGUGUCACUUCUCUACAUUUGUCUUUACUUGAGGAAAAUAUUUUUAACUCUUUUAAUUCAUUAGGAAUUGCGCGUCGUGCGCCAUAAGAUACCAAAGCAAUUUGGUUUUAUUGCUUUUUAAUAUUUCUUUAACUUUUUCUUAGAUUUCAGUGUAGGUUUUGUAGUAUAGUAAAAUAAAAGUUCUCCAAUAGAGAGGGCUUUGUCUCAAUCUUAUUGUAAUUAGCAUCAUUGCCGGCCGUUUCAUUUUCAACGGCUAAAUUCCUCUUCGAUGCCUCUUUACUUUACUUUAAGUGAGAAGGAAGAGAUAUGCUAUUGUUUGUCUUGGGAAUUUUGCCAA